AAAUGGAUGUGGCGAAACUGCACAGCUCCAUAAUGCAAUAGGGCUGGCCAUAAAAGUAGCCUCAGAAGCCCACGUCCAAACCAUCACCUCUACACUCUUUCACCCCCACCUCCUACACUGUUGCCAGUGAUCCAUUUGAGACCUAGGAUGCCCUUUUCACAUUCGAGCCAACUUCCUCCUUUUAACAAUGCAUCAGGUGCGACGUUGGACAACUCUCACUACAGCAUUACAUGUGAUGUCAGUCACGAGUUGCGAGAACAACUACUACAGUGCAUCAGCACUAUCGUCCAUUGUGGCGUAAGCGCGAUGUCCGCCAGCCCGUGCUAUGGGGCUUUACUUGCUCAUUCAGAGGAAAGUCUAAAUCUUAUACAUGAACUGACCUACAAUUACUCAUCUGCGGAACGCUUCAUUGGCGGAAUAUCUUGGAGCGAAUGGUUUGGACUAAGGAUACUCCAGGGAGGCAUCUGCGCAACCGCCGGGCGUGACCCAUUUCCAUUGUCUGUCUUUAUUGUUCCUGCGGGCUUAUGUAUCUCUCAAGUCUCCUCGGCGAGAUGUUCUGUCAUCUUCUCUGGCAUUUUCAACAGUCACGUAGUUUGUGUCAAACGACUCCGGUCAGUUGGAACUCUCAACGUAACCAACACCCAAACUCUGUAUCAAAUGAUAACAGAUCGCGUGGCGAAAUGGCAGAAACUCAGCCAUGUCAAUGUGCUACGAAUCAUGGGAUUAGACAUAAACAGUCAACCUACUUCUCCUAGGCUGGUAAUGUCGUGGUUGGAGAACAUCGAGAUACUCAUAUAUAGGAUGAAUCCUAAGCCCACAAUCCUCCAGCUGAAUAAAUGGCUACUGGGCAUUGCCUCCGGUCUGUUAUAUCUCCAUGAUUCGGGAGUCGUACAUGGAGCACUUCGUGCGUCAAAUGUUCUGAUGGGGCCGGAUGGGACCCCUCAACUAUCCGACUAUGACAUGUUUGAUUGGGUGGAAGACGAGUCUGCUGUCGGACAUUGGCCAUUCCGUGCUCGUCAGCGAUGGUGGGCACCUGAAGUUUGUGCAUACGGGCCAGGUGUAGGAUCAUCGUGUUUAGCCGAUGUGUUCUCGUUCGGUUGUGUUUGUAUAGAACUAUACACCAAUAAUAUACCAUUUCCGAACCUCUCGGACUUCGAGAUCAAGGCGCGUAUUCAAGAAGGUCAACUCGUGUUUAGGAAACCGACCCCCCAGGAAUGCAUUACUCCCUUCACUGACAGUCUCUGGAUAGUUAUACAGCGUUGUUUUGCAUCUGCACCAUAUACUAGGGUCACCCCUCGGCAGCUUGUUCUAAUCCUAACAAAGAUGGUGGAUCGUCAAGACAAAUAUCCGAAGCUCUACCCGAAUGGCCUCGAGCGUCGCGAGAAUUCGGACAGAGGGCAACUCCACAACCAUGUACUCUAGUCAGCCAUCUAUUCUGACCAAUAGUGCACGAAUCUCUGGAAACACUUGAUAUGUCCUUUUCUCAUAACGACCUCUUGUCUCUAGUUGGCUCAGUGGAUCGAGUGCCGGUACCUCUGGCCUGAGAUUUGAUACUUCAGUACCUAGGCUACGGAAGUGGAUGCAGAGAGACCGAUGAAAUGCAGUAAUUCCGAACGGUAUGCGUUGCCUUGUUUGUCCGCUUCUUCCUUCGCAGUCUGUCCUCCCUAAGUUAUAGACUCCGAACCUGUGUUCUUACUUCAUAGAACGUACAUGUAUCCAUCCUGUGUGCUACUUAACUGCGACGACGAGUUGUUUCCAAUUGUGCAGUCUGUUCAUCGCUUAAAAUCCGCCCUUAGAUUCCAAAAGAAUACUCCUCGGUUGUUUAAUAUGAAUGUUUCUGGACU